AUGGCACCCUCGAUACGAGCCAUCGACGCGACCUCGGUGCAUCGCAUCUGCUCGGGCCAAGUCAUCCUGGACCUGUCCACCGCAGUGAAGGAGCUCUUAGAAAAUGCCCUGGACGCAGGAGCGACUGCCAUCGAGGUGAAGCUGAAGGAGUCUGGCUCUGAGCUGAUCGAGGUGGCAGACAAUGGGACUGGGGUCAGCCCUGCCGAUUACGAGGCCCUCACCCUCAAGUACCACACCUCCAAGAUCUCCCAGUUCACAGAUCUCCAGGGCCUCUCCAGCUAUGGGUUCCGGGGAGAGGCACUUUCCUCCCUGUGCACGGUAGCAGAUGUCUCUGUCGUCACCCGCACCGCCGGCGAGGCGGCCGGCACCCGGCUGGAGUUUGACGAGCGGGGCCGGCUGGCGGGUCGCGCCGCCGUGCCGAGGGCCGUGGGCACGACGGUGGCGGUGCGCAACCUGUUUGCCCGCCUCCCCGUCAGGCACCGUGAAUUCAAGGCCGGCCUGAGGCGCGAGUUCUCCAAGCUCACGCACUGCCUGCAGGCCUACGCGCUGGUGGCGCGUGGCGUGCGGCUCAUCGCCACCCACCAGCAGGGCAGCGGGCCCCGUGCCACGGUGGUGGCCACCCAGGGCUCCACCGACGCCUGGAGCGACGUCAUCGCCGUGUUUGGGCCUAAAGCAGCAGCAGGCCUGCAGACCUUCUCCGCCGACCUGUCCGAGGAUGUUUGUGGUGGCAGCGCAGAUGCGGAGGAGGGGCGGGAGGGUGGCACUGAACAGACCGACCCCUCGUUCAGGGUCACGGGGUACGUGUCGCGGCCGGGCAUGGGCGGCCGGAUGCAAGGCGAGCGGCAGUUCUUCUCCCUGAACGGCCGCCCCGUGGACCUGCCCCGCUUCGCCAAGGCCCUGAACGAGGCCUUCAGGUCCCUCUCCAGCCAGGCCAGCGCCGACGCGCGGCCCUCCGCGGUGCUGGACCUGGCGCUGCCCACGGACGCCUACGACAUCAACCUGGCGCCCAACAAGCGCCAGGUGGCGCUGCACGGCGAAAACGCCCUGCUGGCACGGUUCAAGGAGGCGCUCCAGGCCUUGUGGGAGCCGUCCAGGCACACCUUUGCCGUGAAUGGGGCGGGGAAGAGCGUGCCCGGGCCCCUCACCAGCGGGCUGCAUGCCGUCAAGCGGCAGCGCCUCUCCCUCACCCCCCCCAGCCAGGACAGCCAGGGCCUGGGCGCCGCAGACACCGAUGGCGACCUGUCUGAGGGGGAUGACCCCCAGGUGGAAAUGGCGGAGCAAGACACGGCGGCUCAGGAAACCGGAGGGGUCAAAGGGGGAUCAGAGGACGAGGAGGUGCCGCCUGUCUUCACGCCGCCUCUGAGCCGGCAAGCAGGGCCGCUUAAGAUGCGUGUGGACCUGGAGGCUCUGCGGCGCAGGAGCGAGGAGGCCCGCCGGCAGUCAGGCCACAGGGAGGACACUGGGAAGAAAGCGCGCUUCCGGGCCGCGACGCUGCAGAGGUGUGCUGUGGCUGCAGCAAGUGAUGCAGGGACUGACACCGCCGACCCUGCCGCAGAGCGUGAGCUGGAGCGUGUCUUUGUCAAGGCCGACUUUGCGCGGAUGCAAAUCCUGGGGCAGUUCAACCUGGGCUUUAUCAUUGCCCGCCUGGGUCGGGAUCUCUUCAUCAUCGACCAGCAUGCCUCUGACGAGAAGGCCAACUUUGAGCGACUGGAAGCUUCCCUGAAGCUGAACUGCCAGCCGCUGCUCCAGCCUCGGCGCCUGGAGCUUGCCCCCCUGGAGGAGCUGCAUGUCCGGUGA